AUGGAUCCCCACAACAAGCCCAGUAACAGCGACGACACCCGUGCCCCAAUUGUCUCAUUUCUGGGCCCUGUUUCUUCAUAUACUCAUCAGGCGGCCCUCGGAUGCUUCGAAGCAGAUCGCUAUGACUACAAAGCAGAGAUUACUAUCCCAGAUGUCUUCGAAGCCGUCCAGUCCGGGGGAUCAGAAUUUGGCGUUGUUCCAUUCGAGAAUUCAACUAAUGGAGCUGUGGUCUUCACACUAGAACUCUUUGCAGAUCGCCAUCAUCGGUACCCAGAUAUCACUGUCUGCGGCGAAGCUUACCUCGAUGUCAGUCACUGCCUUCUUGGCAAGAAGGGUGUAAAGUCUAGUACCGACUCUCCUGCCCUGUCCGGCGCUUGCACUCCGACAAUGUCGAGUCCAGACCCUCUGAAGCCUAGGACAAGUCCUCUAUACAGCCUCAAUCACAUCAAGCGAAUCCUCAGCCAUCCGCAGGCAUUUGGGCAAUGCGAAACCUUCCUCGGCGCAUACUUGAAGGGAGUUGAGCGGAUCGACGUCAGUUCAACGAGCAGAGCUGCAGAGAUGGCGAAGGAAGACACGACUGGCACAAGCGCGGCAAUCGCAAGCAAGCUCGCAGCAAAUAUCCACGACCUUGAUACUCUUGCGCAGGAUAUCGAAGACCGGGAGGAUAAUACGACGAGAUUCUUCAUUCUUAGAAAGAGGACUGACGGUGCUGCCUGCAAAACCUCCAAAACCAAGACUCUCAUCACGUUCACUAUUGAUCAUCGAACCCCAGGCGCUCUUGCAUCUGUGCUUCAGUGCUUUCAAGCUAACUGCCUCAAUCUGACAAGCAUAAACAGCAGGCCGACCAGGGUUGUACCCUUCCAGUACAUUUUCUUUGUGGAGUUCGAGGGCAGCAAGCUGAACGAUCAGUCGGGCAGGGUAAACAAGGCAUUGAGCGCUUUGGGUGAAUAUGUACAGAAUUGGAGGUGGCUUGGAAGCUGGGAUGAUAGAUUGGGAGGAUAG